AUGGCGCCGCCGCCCACGCUGACGUCGUCUUGGUCGUCUCCUUCGCUGCCCUCGUCGCCGCACAGGCCCGCGCUCCGGCCGGGCAGCCUGCAGCGGCUGCUCCGCCCGCCGGACCCGUCCGACGACGACGGCGACUCCGCCCCGACGCCGCGGUCGCGGUCGCGCUCCCGCGCCCGUGAGCGCGCCCUGCUCCAGGUCACCAACAUCACGCCGGCGCUCUCCGGCGCCGACCCCUUCUCAGGCCACCACGGCUUCUACCUCCGCCUCUCCGACUCGGCCCGCUCCUGCUACGUGUCCCUCCACGCCGACCACGACGACCUCAUCCUCGCCAACGGCCUCCACAUCGGCCAGAUCAUCGAGGUCGACCACCUCGUGCCGUCCGUCCCAGCGCCCGUGCUCCGCGGCUUCCGCGUCCUCCCAGGGCGGUACCCCUGCGUCCAGCAGGACUCCGGCGAUGACGACGUCGUCAAGGAGGUCGUCUCCGAGCGCCCGCGCCGGCCGUCGCCGACGCCUCCGCUUCCGGAGAGGAGGGCGCGACAGGCGAGCUCCCCUGCCCCCAUCGGCCACUGCCACAGGUCGCGGUCGAUAACGAAUCUGUCCGAGGCGGUGUCGCCGGCGGCGUCGACGGCGAGGAGGAGGGAGAGCAUGAUGAAGAGCUUGGACUCGCCGAAGAACCUGAGGAAGAUCAGUGUCCCGUCCGUAGAAGGCAACAGCAGCGACGACGAGGACACGUCGGACGUGUCGUCGUCGUACUCGUCCAUGUCCACGGCAAGGAGAAACUGGGAUUUCAGCGGGAGCAUCAAGGACGUUUCUCCAGGUAAAUCCGGCUCAAAAACCAUUGCACACCAGAACGACGUGGUGAAUGAUCCACUGGAGUCCGUGAGGAGAAAGGCAGAGAAGGCGUUCAAGGUGCUCUCCAAGAGGAACAGCCACGCGUCUAUCAAGGCGCCCAGAGACAGCUCCUGUGCCGCCACACCGAUCUCGCAGAGUACUUCAUCCAGUGGCAUCAAGUGGUGCGAGAACAAUGUGAUAUGGAGCUCACUCUCCUCGAGCUUGGUGCGACAUGGAAAGGAAGCGAUGAAGCAGAGAGACAUGGCGCUGCAAGCUGUGCUUGAUGGACUGCUAGAAGCAUCUGCCACUGAGAAGUUGAUAAAAUGCCUGAGCAAAUACUCUGAACUACAUUCUGACAAGGACGACGACCCAAAGGAGCUCAUAGGCAGGUUCUUGAAAUUCUCUCAAGAACUGGAUCAUGCUAUCUUCGUAGCUCAGUCACAGGCCAGACUCAGGCACCCAAAAGCAUGCUGUUCCAAUUCAACAUCCUCGGCUUCGCCAAGAGCCGCUACGAAGGCAGCAUUGGACAGGAAGCAAUCUGCCAUCUCAUGGGUCAGAGCGGCCAUCGAAGCAGACCUGUCACCCUUCUCCAGCCACACGAGAGCCACAUCUGAAUCUGCGAGGGCGUCAUCAGUGGCUCAACUGAAACCUGUGAGCCCACUGUUCUGUUCCAAACCGAAGUGCAACUGCAACAGCAGGCUCUCAAAGAAAACCGCUGAUGCUUCCACUGAAGGCGGCAGCCUAAAUGCAGCAAUGGACCUGGCUGUCGCGAUGCGCUCUGAUGGCAACCGAUGGUUCCUCAAGUACAUUGACAAGUUCCUGGAUGACAUCGAGAGCGACUACGCGACGUCUGAUUCCCAGGUCGCAGGCUUUCUGCAGCAGCUGAAGAAGGUGGAUGCCUGGCUCAACCGUGUCGUGCGGCAUAAUGAGAGGAUGUUUUCCAUUGAUAGAAGCAGCAAGGAUAGUGUGUUGUCCGAGGAAGAAGAGAGUGACGCGUGCGAGAGAGUACGGAGGAAGAUAUAUGGGGCACUCCUCAGACAUGUGCAGUAUGCUGCUAUGGCACUCGAGGGUAUCAACAGUGUAACCGAUGAAGAGAAAGAACUGUAG